CCUCUCUCGCUCAGGCCGCGCGGCGCUUUGAUCUUCCCUUAACAACAGUCACGUCAUCACUGCAUUGCUCUGAAGGGGAGCUUUUUUUUCCUUCAAGCGGGGGAAGAGCAGCGCAGGAGUUUCAGAGGCUCUCACUAACACUCACUCACACAGAGCAGCAGCAGCAGCAGCAGCAGCAGCAUCACCAUCAUCCUCCGCCGCCGCCGCAGGAACCUCCGUGCUCGCUUUAAAGCGCCUCCUGAGUUUUUCAUUUCCUCCGUUCACUUCUCUGCCUUCUGCUGAAAAGAAGAAAGUCCGAGGACUCCGUCGAAGCCAUGGAGCACCAGCUGCUGUGCUGCGAGGUGGACGCCGUGCGGAGAGCUUACCACGAUGCUAACCUGCUCAACGACCGAGUUUUGCACACCAUGCUGAAGGCGGAGGAAAACUAUCUCCCCGCACCGAACUACUUCAAGUGCGUUCAGAAAGAAAUCGUGCCCAAAAUGAGGAAAAUCGUCGCGACGUGGAUGCUGGAGGUAUGCGAGGAGCAGAAGUGUGAAGAGGAGGUUUUCCCCUUGGCCAUGAACUACCUGGACAGAUUCUUGUCUGUGGAGCCCACUAAAAAGAGCAGGCUGCAGCUGCUGGGAGCCGCCUGCAUGUUUCUGGCCUCCAAGAUGAAGGAAACUGUUCCGCUCACAGCCGAGAAGCUCUGCAUAUACACCGACAACUCUAUUCGCCCCUGCGAGCUCUUGCAAAUGGAGCUGCUGGCGCUGAACAAGCUGAAGUGGGAUCUAGCCUCAGUGACGCCGCAUGACUUCAUUGAACAUUUCCUAACCAAGCUGCAAAUACAUCAGAGCACCAAGCAGAUCCUGCGCAAGCAUGCCCAGACGUUCGUGGCUCUCUGUGCGACAGAUGUCAACUUCAUCGCAAGCCCUCCCUCCAUGAUCGCUGCAGGCAGCGUGGCUGCAGCAGUGCAAGGGCUGUACUUGAAGAACACCGACAGCUCUCUCUCCUCCCAGAACCUCACCAACUUCCUCUCCCAGGUCAUCAGAAGUGACCCGGAUUGUCUGCGAUCGUGCCAGGAGCAGAUCGAGUCACUGCUGGAGUCCAGUCUGAGGCAGGCCCAGCAACACAGCAUCUCCACAGAGACCAAACGGGUGGAGGAGGACGUGGACCUCUCGUGCACUCCCACAGACGUCAGGGACAUUAACAUCUGAGGGAACCGCUCUUCAUCUCUAGAGUCUUAUUUUCCAAUGGGGUAUGGGCUUUGACCAGAGGCUUCGUGGGACAAGAGGGCACCUAGGGCCCCACCGGAAUCCCCCCCACCAACACCUCAAUCAAUCAUAAUCAGCCCCUCAGAGUGCCCUCGCUGUUUACCCCUCAGUGGCGCCCCCUGUGGUCUUCAUGAUUGGGCUGUUGCUGGCCAGGACAACCAGCAGAGGACUAGGGAUUGAUGAAAACCUUGUUGAAAAACCCAGAUGAAAUCCCUUCCACGUUACUCAUUACUCUCUCUUUCAGGCCCUCUCCACAUAACUUGAGUUUUCAGUAAAAUGUAUAGGUAAUCUAGGAUUCUUUUUUUAAAAUUGCAACUACGUAUUUUACAUAUGUAGCUGUGACUUGUCAGAUUUACAGACAAGAAAAUAGGUUGGUAAUUUUAUUUCAAGUGUGUCAAAAACCAUUUUUUGAAAGAGAAGAGGCAUUAUUUGUAUGUUUGAUCUUUCUUUCUCUUAGCUAGUAUAUUGUUACACAUGCUAACCGUUUCCCCUGCCAUUUUUUGCAGUCUUGGCAUGUGUAUGUAUCUCUGCUUGCUUAUGCGUUUAGUCACUUUAUUCUGUUGUCUAGACUUCUAAAAAAAUCUCUAACAUGUUUCUCUUCUCUUUCAAAAUGGUUUGUGUAACCCUAGUAUAUUUUGUUAAGCAUGUGUUAUUCUAUGUUAUGAUUUAGAGGCCUGUGGAUUGCCAAAGCUGAGGUUUUAAUUUAACAUCAGACAGAACCAUUGACAUUUUUUUUUCAUAGUUUUGCUUGUUUGAUUGUCCUCACUGCCAAUGCCAUCACUGGUUAUGACACAAUAAGCUUCUCUCUUACCCGCUCCCUUUGUUACGCUCACAGUGCAAUCCACAGUCUACUUUCUGUUUAGAUUUAUGUAUUGUAAUCUAAAACCAUUCCAUUUAAAAAAAAGCACUUUCAGUCCGUCUUGUAAGGCUGACUUAUGAAAAAAAUCCACAUUUGUAAAACAAAACUGAAAAAAAACAUGGAAUGGAGUAGGAGUUGAUGAUGACAGGUAUUUAUACUGUCUGCAGCAUGGAGCAGGUCUCUUUAUGGUGUUUUAGGUUAGAAAAAGAGAGAGAGGAAGAGAGUGUGAGAGAGAGAGAUUGAAAAGACACAGUACUCUCCGAAUACUGGAGUCGAAGCCCGAGGAGCAGUACAGCGUCCACCGCUACCCUACUGCCCAAAAUGGACAGGUGCUGGAGAACGUUAAGGUGCAAUCCUGACAAGAGGGGCCCACGCAAGUCUGCCACCGCUCAGCAAUGCGCACCCAAUAGCUUCAGACGCAUCAAAGCGUUUUAAAACACUAAAGUACCUAAAAUAGCUAUAUCAAAGAUUGAGAACUAUUUAUUUUAUUCUAUCCCCCUCAUAAGGCCAGUAUGGAGCACGAAAACGGAUGCCUAACGUAUACCUGGUUUUGAAUGUGUGCUCAGCGCGCACCUGUUUGAUUUCGAAAGCUCAGUAGAGGAGUGCCAGAGAAACGCCGUGGUCAUCGUCCAGAGUUGAGGAGAAAUUGAUUCUCAGUGGCUUCUAGAAGAUUUUGCACAAACCCCAAGAUAUGCUUUCUCUCGGCUCAAGAGGACGGAAGAGGGAUGUUCGAGGUGGCUGAGGGAGGGAGACGUGGGAAAAGGGGCGAUGCCUGGACAUCAGAAAGUAAACUGCAGAACUAAGGUGUUUGUACAAUGAGAAAAGAAGAGAACAUAGGAGCACACACUCCUCGUAUUUAGCUGCUAUGGAGGGAUUUCCAGCAAGUAUGAAACUUUCAAAUGGAGAAAAAAAAAGAAAUAACCAACAAAAAAGAAAAAAGACAUGCUUCGUUCUCUUGUCUUGUUUUGCUGCUAUUUUUGGUUUUGUCUAUGUAAAAUGUCAAUAUACUGCCAUGUAAUAGGUUUUAAUUUUCUCAUAGAAAAUUAUGAUAUUAUUGACAUCUUUGUUUCUUUUUGGUAGUUUUUUUUUUUGUUAUGUGAUCAGUUUUUAUUAAUGUGAUUUCUGCGCUAUUCCAAAAACAAAAAAAGAGGAAAAAAGAAAAAAAUAGACAAAUGUUCCUGUCUUACCCACAAUACCUCAAACAGUCAUGAUUUAGCAAUGAUGAUCUAGCUUGGGAAUUUUUUUUUUUCUUUUUCGUUUUUUUUUUUUCCAGGUCUUUAUUUUACUUGGUCAUACAGUGCCUGCUAGUCCUGUUGUAAAACUGCAAAUGGACACGCAUUACUCAUCAUCCUUCUGGGUCCUGAUAUGAGCAAGUAGAGAGAGCAUUUAAUGAAAUUGGUGCCAUAAACAGCUUGAUUAUAUAACUCAUUGGAGUUUUUAACUGUUUCAUUGAAAGAGACUAUAUGCCCCCCUUUAGGCCGCUUAUGGCCUGACCUUAAUGUAUUUAUGAAGCUUUUGUUGAAAUUGAAAGUGGAUAUGAGUUUGUGAAUGCCAUGUCUAUUUACAAAGCCAUAGUGUUGAUUUGUAGUAAUUUAAUGCAGCUCCCAUGAUAAUAAUAAUGUAUCAGAGGCUGGCAGCCUUGUUUUGAACACAGGAGGCUAAGCAUGUUUCCAUCACAUGCAUCGUUAUCACAAUAAAUGGAAAGUAGAUAGAAUCACCGGCAGUUCUUUCCUUCUUCAUAUCGUAUUCAUGUAACAGUUCCACAAAGUGCAACACUCACUUCUAUUAUAUUGGCUCUUUUAUUUUGCCAACCAUACACACAAUCAAAGCUAACUCCUAACCCCCUCACCCCCCCCCCUUCUUUUCCUUUAGCCAUAGACAUGGUGCUGCUAUAUGACAUCCUAUGUUGUGACUGGAGAUAGUAAUUUAUAUAGAGCUGCAGCUUUGAGCUAUAGGAUGAGCUACUGGCUAACCCAGGACCCAGGGGGACAAAAGUACAUAGUAUCCUCUGUAUAGUAUCAGGAAUGUUUGUUACCUCAAGACAAAAAACGUCAAGUGUCUAACAAGAGCUGGCACAAACUUGUGCGAUUCACAUGCCAAGACACACUUGUCAUGCAUUUAACGAAAAGAAAAAAAAUGUAAAAAAAAAUAAAAGACAAGAUGGUGUGGAGGUCUUCACCCGUGCUUUCCUCUCAAAUGUGCAAAAGGAGAUAACGGCUCAGUGGACUGAGAAGUCAUCACAUCCUCCCAUCCCCACACCCUAGAAAGCUUGGCUUUGUGUCUCGAUUCUGUUGUAAAUGAGGGCAGUUGCUCUUAGUCUUUUUAGUCCUGAAUGGUGUUUCAUUCCAGCGGGUCAAAGGCCAACCGAGGACACUCUAGUAGAUACGGUGAUGACCCGGAAAUUAAAAAAAAAAAAA